AUGAAUGUUAACUUUUUGUCGAUGAUUUCAAAAAUAAUAAAAAAAAAUAAAAAAAUAUAUAAUUUAAGUUAUUGUUCAAAUAUAAACCGUUUCCCAAUAUUACCAUUUCCUGUUGUAGAAAAUUUGAAAUUUGCACACCAGUUUAGUACUAUAAAAAAUCAGUAUAUAAACCAUGAUGAAAUAAAUGAAAUAAAUAAAAAAAUACAAUUAACAAACUUUAAGGUUGCUGAGGACCUCUCUGAUAAUACUAUUAAUAGUGAUGAAUCAGACGAUGAAAUAUAUAUGCUAGAACGAAAUAAUGCCAACAAAGAGUACUAUAGAAAAGUUGACGAUGAAAAUUAUUAUUCCAACAAAAUAAGUCAGGAAAAAGAAAGGGAUAGUCUUACAAAUAAUUGUUUACAUAAAAAUAGGACACCCAAUUCUGGGCACAAUAUAUCCAACACAGUUUCUAGUAACGAAUACUCUGAAAUGAAACAAGUUCUCAAUCAAUGUAUAACACAACAUGAACAAUUAUAUUAUAAUAAAGAAUACAAUAAAGAAAAUACUUUAAAUGAAGAAUUAAACAAAUUAGAAAUUGCAUUAAGACCAUCCCAAAAUGAUAUUAACAAUAUAAAAAUGUUUUUAAAGUUUUUGCAAAACGAAAUUGAUAAACAAUAUAAAAAUUGUCAUGUUACUCCAUUUGGUUCUGUUAUAAAUGGUUUUUGGAUGAAAAAUAGUGACAUAGAUAUAUGCAUACAAAUUCCAAUUCUUCUUAAUAGAAAAGAUCAGAUAAAUUUUUUAAAAAAAAUAUGUUUAAUAUUAAAUAAUUAUCAUAAUGGAAUAAUUGAACAAAGAUUUUCAGCCAAAGUGCCCAUAAUACAUUUUUAUUGUAACGAUCAUAAAAACUCAUUUCAACUAUCAUGUGAUAUUUCAGUAAAUAAUAUUUUAGCAGUAAUUAAUUCAAAAUUAAUUCAAAAAUAUGUAAGUAUAGAUAAAAGAUUACAAUUAAUGGGAAUAGCUUUAAAAUACUGGUCAAAAAACAGAAAUAUUAAUGAUAGAUCAAAAGGAUUUUUGUCAUCCUUUUCAUUAAUUUUAAUGGUAAUUCAUUUUUUACAAUAUGUUAUGGAGCCCAAAAUAUUAAUUUCACUUCAAGAUAUAUCAAUCAGAAGAAAUGAAAAAUCGUUUUAUGUUAUGGGUGUUGAUUGCAAGUAUUGCCAAGACGACGCUGUUAUAAGAGAAGAACUAAAAAGAAUGAAUAUCCAAAACGGUGUAAGUAGCGACAAUAAAAAUUAUGACCAUGCUAGCCAUAUAGACAUUUCAACCUUAAUGUUAGAAUUUUUUAAGUUUUAUGGCUAUAAAUAUAAAAGUGGUAUAAUAGCUAUACGUGACAUAAAUAAUUAUUAUGACAAUUUUACAUCAUUGAAAAGUUAUGAAUCGUAUUACCUUUUUGUUGAUAACCCAUUCGAAAUAGGAAAAAAUGUUGCUAAUAUUUUACCUCAAAAUUAUAAAACAAUUAUAUAUGAAAUGAAAAGAGCAUAUAAAAUUUUAAAAAACAACGGAACAUGGGAGGAUGUGUGUAAAUCGACAGACAACCUAAUUUAUUCCUAG